AUGAGAUUCGCAACACUGUUUCUUUCUUCACUCGCAACUUUCCAACUUGGAAGCUGCUUUGUCAACUUGCAUCCCACACGACAAACGACAGCUUUCCAUGCUACCUCUAUCGAUGCUUCACAAGAACUCAAGGAGAAGUUUGCAGGCUUGAAGGGUCUCCUUCCAGAGAACAUGAACGUUGUCAAGUGUGGAGGCUACUACAAUAUGCAACAGCUUUGCGGCAAUCCCAAAGAAGAAUUGGUUAAGACCAUUAUUGACGGCAUCAAAUCUGCUGACAAAAAAGUCACAUCGGACGAGACCAAUGAUGAAAAGAUCGAGGCACUGGCAACUCUUCUGUACGCCGAAGGAAAAGGAUUUCAAGCUGAUCUAGUUGACGGGGAUUGGGCAGAAGUUCUCACGAAGCAAGGCUCCAAAUCUUCCAGUUUUCAGAAGGCCGCAGAGAAGGGAGAAUACAAAGGCUUCCCUAUCAAUACCUUCGAUGUCGAUUCCAUGACGUUUCAAGUAGGCGUCAACGUCUUGAAGAAGGGUCGUGUUUAUUCCAGGGUGAAGUAUUCCCCUUCUACUGAUGCUUACUCGAAAACAGAAGACGGAAAAAUUGUUCUACGAAGAAUUGGUUGUGACAUUGAAAAAGCGACAUUUAAGUGGUGGAAGUUGCCCACUCUUAAUCUUUUCUUUUUGAAAAGAAAGGGUGGCUUCCUAGAGUUUCUGUAUAUGGACGAUGACAUCAGGAUCACGAGGGGGAAUAGAGGUGGUUUGUUUGUUCACUUCCGACCAGAAUUUGUUGAGGCACUUCUUGCAUAG